UAUGUUGCCGUUCAACUCAUCAGGUUUUUCCACACGAAACUGAAGAUUGGCACACACCACUGGACUUCUACGAAUACAUUAGUCGUGUUGAAGAUAUUUUAGAAAAUAAAAACCCACAGUCAAAGCUUCUUAUCUGUUUUGGAACAAUGGAGGAACUGGCCCGGGAGAGCAUCAGCCUACUGGCUCGCUCUGCGUCUCACGCGGACCCGCCUCGGCUCGGCUCCUUAGGUGCGGUGUUCAUCAUGCUGAAGUCCGCGCUGGGAGCCGGACUGCUCAACUUCCCCUGGGCCUUCGAGAAAGCGGGAGGAGUGAACACCGCCAUCAGUGUGGAGCUGGUUUCUCUGGUUUUCCUCAUCAGUGGUUUGGUGAUCCUGGGCUAUGCCUCGUCAGUCAGCAGACAAAAGACGUAUCAGGAUGUUGUUAGUGAGGUGUGUGGACGAGCUGUGGGCCAACUCUGUGAAGUCUGUUUCUGCUUCAACCUCUUCAUGAUAUGUGUGGCCUUCUUGGUGGUGGUGCAGGACCAGCUGGAGAAAUUGUGUAUUUCUUUAUAUGAGACUGUGACUGGGUCCAGUGAGGUAGACAUGCCGUAUCACUGGUACACCGACCAGCGAUUUGCUCUCUUCAUCAUGUGCCUCGUCAUCAUCCUCCCCCUGUCAAUCCCAAAAGAAAUUGGCAUCCAGAAAUACACAAGUGUGUUGGGGACGCUGGCUGCUACGUAUCUGUGUGUGGCAGUGAUCGUCAAAUACUACCUGAUGGAGAGUCAUUCUGUUAUAAUAACUCCUGAGCACAGCCAAGGUGUCGGUUCGUGGGCUUCAAUGUUCAGUGUUGUGCCGACCAUCUGCUUCGGCUUCCAGUGCCAUGAAGCUUGUAUAGCAAUCUACAGUAGCAUGGAGAACCAGAAGCUCUCCCACUGGGUGCUCAUCUCUGUGCUCUCCAUGUUUUUCUGUUUACUCAUCUACACUCUCACAGGCGUGUAUGGCUUCAUGACGUUUGGAAGAGAUGUUGCCUCCGAUAUUCUGAUGUCAUAUCCAGGAAAUGACGUGGUCAUGAUCAUUUCCAGGCUACUUUUCGGAAUAUCAAUUAUUACUAUUUAUCCAAUUAUUCUUCUUCUAGGGCGGUCUGUGAUCCUGAACUUGGUGCUGCGAAUUCAAAGACGUCGUCGGGGAAUCGUCACUCAUUUGUUUGAGAGUCGCUGCAGAGUUAUUCUCACUGUGAUCUGGAUCUCCAUCACUCUUGUCAUUGCAAUGUUUGUGCCCGACAUGGGUGAGGUCAUCAGUGUCAUUGGAGGAAUCAGCGCCUUCUUCAUCUUUAUUUUUCCUGGUCUUUGCUUAGUGUGCAUUAUGCAGAGUGAACCUGUGACUGCAAGAGUCAGGGUGGUUUGUACAGUAUGGGGAGUCAUAACAAUUGUAGUUGGAGCCUUCAUCUUUGGACAGAGCACAACCAUCGCUAUCAUGGAGCUUUUCCACAAAUUCUGAAUACCAGUGACGGCAGUGGCCGCUGGUAAUUUGUUCUGUGAAGCUCACCUCUUGUUGCUGAAUGUUGCAGUUUUGGUGCUGGGUGUUAGUUGCAAUAUUAGCCCUUUCAAGGCCAUCCAUGACUCUGAUAUGAAAUAUUUACUGUGAAAGUUAUGCAUAAAUAUUUGAUUUGAUGAUUGUUAAUAGUAAAAUAUGUAAAAUGUGAAAGGGAAGAUGUCAGAAUAUGUUAUUAGUAGUUCAAUGGUCAAGUUGUUACACAUUUUUUGUUUGAAUAUAUGUGCUUGUUUUAUUAUUUGGACGUGGUAUACCAAUAAUAUACUUGUAUUUUAAAUUAGAGAUCAAAGUA